AUGCCCCAAUUUAUUGAGGUGCGCGAUCUGUUCCCCUCUCAAAAAAAUAACGCACUAAAACACGAUGAUGCAAAUUUGGAAGGCACCGAGCUCAUCUAUAACGCAGCUAGUAACUACUGCGACAAUGCUCGCCUGAAAGGAAAAUCCUUCCGUCGUUGCUUGGCUCUAAUCGAGCGAUGCAUAAAUCAUGUCGAAAUUGCAGAUCUUUUGAACGACGGCGGCAGAAGAUACUUCGCUUGGAACCUGUCCAAUCUGUAUUACGGAGGAAAAACUACAAUUGAGUUUCGUCAAGCACCAGCUUCGAAGGACGAGAAAUCUUGUUUACCAUGGGUAGAGUUUGUGGCAUCUUUUAUCCAUUCGUCCAAGAUGUCAGCGUCAGACGCCAUGUUCCCACGGUUUACUCGAGAUGUCCAAGGAUUAAAGAAGGUUUUGACCAGCUUUGAACUAUCUGGUGUCAACCGUGGAAUCUUAGAGUCACUGUUCUAUAGGAAAUCAGGAGCUAUUGAGCCGAGACCUAUGCGAGAACUGACAGUGUCAGAGUAA